AGUUUGGGGCUUGCUGGCGCGAGGUAGUCAGAGGACGUGGCCGCGGGGCUUGCUGGGACUUGUAGUUAGACGUCCUGGCCGUCAGUUGCAGCCUACACUGUCUGCCGUCGCGUCCCAGUUACUGAGGCGUCGGAAAGGUAGCGGCAGGCACCACCGUGGAGCGGCUCCGAGAUCCCCGGCAGGCUCGCAGGCGCGCAUCCCUCCUGACUGGGACUUCGCCUCCGCAGACCCCUUGGAGGCUGAAGCGACGCCGGAGGCAGGCAAAGAAACAAGUGAAGAAACAAAAAAAGAAGGAAGUCAAGGGGACAUUCCCAAAGUCAAAGAUCAAGGAGAUGGCCUCCUCAGGAAUCUACAAGCUGGAUGAUGGGAAGCCUUACCUGAACAACUGCUUUCCAGCCAGAAACCUGCUUCGCGUGCCAGAGGAAGGCCAAGGACACUGGUUAGUGGUUCAGAAAGGUAACCUCAAGAAGAAGCCCAGGGGUUUGGUUGGAGCACACGCUGAACGUCGGGAAAGCCUGAAGGUGACUUCUUUUGAGUUCAGUGGGAAGAAAGGGUCUCGGCGGGAAAAUCAGGUGGACCUUCCUGGACGUAUCCUGGACCAGGCUUUUCUGCUAAAGCACCACUGUGUGAGGAAGCCAUCAGAUCUGUGCACUGUUAAUGUCAGUGGCCUGAAGUUCUCCAAGGUGAGGUCUGCCAGCAAAGAUGUGAUUGGGGCUAAGGAAAAUGACUUCAAGCAUUUUCAUUCUGUGAUUUAUAUCAAUGCCUCAGAAAACCUGCUGCCUCUAGAGGCAUUUCACACGUUUCCAGCCCUAAAGGAACUGGAUCUCGCAUUUAAUGGCAUCAAAACUAUCUACGUGAAAUAUGGAGACUUUAAGUUAUUGGAAUUCUUGGACCUUUCCUUCAACAGCCUGACUGCGGAGGCCAUCUGUGAUUUGGGGAUUCUGCCACACCUCCGUGUCCUGCUCCUCACAGGCAAUGGCCUCACCUCCCUGCCGCCCAAUUUGGCCGUCGCAGAGCAGGAGGCAUCUGUAACAUCGCUGACAAGCAAGAGGUACAUCUUGAGGUUCCCAGCGCUGGAGACACUGAUGCUGGAUGACAACAGACUCUCCAACCCCAGUUGCUUUGCCAGCCUGGCUGGGCUCAGGAGACUGAAGAAGUUAAGCCUGGAUGAAAACAGGAUUAUCCGGAUCCCAUACCUACAGCAAGUUCAGCUCUCUGACGAGUCAGUGGACUGGAAUGGAGGCGGGGGAAGUCCCCAGAAAGAGCCCCAAUUCAUGCUGCAGUCCAAGCCAAGGAUGCUUGAGGACUCAGAUGAGCAACUGGAUUAUACUGUACUGCCCAUGAAAAAGGAUGUUGACCGGACAGAGGUUGUGUUUUCGUCUUACCCUGGAUUUUCAACCUCAGAGACAACCAAGAUAUGUUCACUUCCUCCUAUAUUCGAGAUCCUUCCUGUGAAGUCACUGAAGGCCAGGAACCAGACGCUGGCCCCACCCUUCCCAGAGCUGAGAUACCUUAGCCUGGCCUACAACAAGAUCGCAAAAGAGGAUGCUGUCCUACCAGUAGCUCUCUUCCCAUCUCUCUGCGAAUUCGUCUUUCAUAACAACCCUCUGGUGGCCCAUACACGAGGGGUCCCUCCUCUGCUGAAGAGCUUCCUCCAAGAGCGACUGGGAAUCCACUUAAUUCGAAGGAAGAUAGUAAAGCCUAAGCAUCAUGUUUUGAUGUCUCGGAAGGAAUCACGGAAGGUGAAAACCGAAAUCCCAAAGGUGCCGAAGCAGCCUCUGGUGCUCCAUCACCCACAAGUGACCACAAACAAGUCUCCCUCAAAGGAUAUGCUAGAGCCAGAGGCAGAGCUGGCUGAAGAUCUGCCCACUACCAAAAGCACUUUUGUGGAGUCAGAGAUGCCCACUGAGAGUCUGGAAGGCCUUUCCCUGUCUCGCCGGACCUUCGUGCCACUGCCUCCCAUCUGCUCCGACUCCACUGUGCAUAGUGAAGAGACCCUGUCCCACCUCAGUGACACAGCUGUCCGUCUCAGCCCAGAGCACCCAUCAGAUGAGGACUCCAAGAGCACAGAGUCCAUCUUCCUGACCCAGGUGAGUGAACUGCCUUCCUCCAUCAUCCAUAAGGAUGAUUUAGAGUUGAAGGAGAAAGACCAAAAGAAACCACCAACGGCACCCAGAGAGGUGAAAGUGACUCGGAGGAAGCUCACAACUGCCUCCCUUCCCAGCAAGUACCACGGCUAUGAAGAACUGCUGACAGCCAAGCCUGAUCCAGCCUUCAUUGAGCCAAAGGGAAUCCAGAAGAAUGCACAGGCCCUGCAACACAUGCUGAAGCACCCACUCCUGUGCCACUCCUCCAAGCCCAAGCUGGACACUCUUCAGAAACCCUAUGUUCCCAAAGAGAAAAGGGCCCAGAGGAUCCCGAUUCCACCCCCAAGGAAGACUAGAACCCAACUGCUGGAUGACAUCUUCAUUCGCUUGCGGGAUCCCCGGAACAUUACAGAGGCUCCACUAGGUGCUGUCCUGCACCGGCGGACAGAACGGCGGCUGGUGAACCACAAGCAGUACCUGGAGGCCAAGAGGCUGUUGAAGGAGUUCCAAGCACGUUACCGGCAGCUGGUGAGUGGCUCUCUGCAGACAGUGUUCGGGACCACCCCGCUUCCCCCAGCCUGCCCAGCGCUGAGUGAGAGUCAGCCCAAGUUCGGCCGCUUCCUCGAGUUCAUGGAUGAGUUCUGCCAGGAGCCCACAGCCAGUGACUCACAAGGCUAGGGCUGUGCAUGGGGGCUGUGCGCAUCAUCCAGCCUGUGCCUCAGCUCUCCCUAAGGGCUCUGUGCCCUGGACCGCACCUCGAGGUUGACCAGCCGGCCACAGGCCUCAGAGCUCAGCUGGGCCCCACUCGCUGGCCACAAGGUGGCCUCCCCUUGUUAGGAUCUCCCCUCCUUGGGCCAGGCAUGACGGGGUGCCUGGCCCAGCAGCAAUAAAGAGUGGGUGCACAGGGCAAUAGACUGGGUGCCACAUGCAUUCUUUCUUGGAACCCAGGCCACAGCAGCACUGUCACACUUCCCUCUAAAAAUGGUUUUCCAGUUCAGAUGCAACAGGGAUACAUUUGUUCUCUGUUGUAUAAGAAACUGACACCAGGGGGAUCUUAACAAAUUCCUGAACAAUGGCUCCAAAAAGGGUAUUUUUAGAAACCAGAUCUUUUGAGUACAACCCUAGUGUGCAGGGACAGUGUCAUCCUGUAUAUUCAUUCUUUACUCACACUCUUUCUUGGUUCCUUCAUUAGGAGCAUGAAUGGUUGAAUGUGAACAUGACAGUAAAUUGGAGCAAACUGUAAACUGGAGAUAACUUAUGCCAAAAGACACAGUUGUAUACCAUGGAAACCCCAUCCCUGCUCCUAAUCUUUACCGCCGUUCUGAAUACCAAAGCAAGACAUUCAACAUAGGGCAUUUCCCAGAGCACAUACAGCACCAACAAUCCACACACAGCUUAAGCUUAACCCAUGUUUUUGUCUGAGAUUGUUCUCCAGAGACAAGACUGACUAGAAACAGAACAUCCACUUUCAUGAGUUUUCUUUACUGUAUUCUCAACUUGGGCCUCACCUCAAGCAGGCAAACAUACAUUGAAGAAUGCGCUUUGGUACUGUUUAAAUAACAACACAUCAGCCCACUUGAUUCCAUGCCAUGUCCUUGCUGACAGAAGCAUCCCCAACAGGGCAUGCCCUGGUCCAAGUCCUCUGUCUUUGUCAAAAUGUUCUUCUGAUGAGUUGGAGAGGAGGCAGCCAGCAGUGGCAGUCCGCAAGGAUCCAGGUACCUUCUCCAAUCCUAAAGCAGACAGCAGGUUGAAUAAAACGAACACACAACCUAUUUUCUAGGCAGGAGGGGAAAAGGCCCUUAGGACAACAAUAUUUGUACAAAGAGUUGAGAGUAAACAGUAUAUCAGGCUCAAAAAAAAAAAAAAAAAAAAA